AGUCGGGGAAGCCACCAGUGGUAGAGCUGGCACCGACGGGAAAGGAGGGAAAGAUAGACAGAAGAGAUAGACAGGAGGCACGGAGAGAGACAGCCACAAGGCGAAGCGAAGAAGAGGGCAGGGAAAGACAGCCCCUCGAGAAGAGAGUGUCUCACCUCGGCUGACCGUCUGUUACGUUAUGAAACGUCAGUUUUUGAGGGUUUUUGACAGCAACCAGAACAACUGAAGAGGAUAUGUGACUGGCCUUAUUUUUUUUUCUCCUUCCUUCCUUAGCUUAUUUCACAACCGAGGGGAAGCAACGUAAACACAGCCGCAGUGAACCCAUCAUCCCUGGCCUUGUGGAUUAACUUGCUGCCUUUAUCUAAAGGGAUGUGCUAUUGAUUACUGCUUUCUAACAAAGCCCACUGAUUACAGUGAGGGUGUUGGAAAGGCCUUGAUCACAGCUAUGACAACACUGCAUCAGAAUAUUUCAAGUCACGAAGGACAGUAGACCGACGGGAGUUUGUGUUUUCAGCUGUUACAUUCAGUAUUUCAUAUAUUUUGGGACAUACAUUUUUUGCUUUUUGAUCCGAGUUUUCGCGUAAUUUUGAGCAUGCGUUUUGUUUCACUUGAUUUAUUCAUUUGAAUCAGACACUCUUUCGUUCCUACAGUACACACCAUAUUCUCUUACCAUGUACGGUAGCUCCCGUUCCGUCUCAAAGCUGGAUGUCGUUGGAUCCAAUGGUAACGGGUCUGUGUCUGGGAGUCCUGGUCGCUCCCCACGGCUCCCUCGCUCCCCACGCCUUGGACACCGGAGAAACAGCAGCAGCAGCUCCGCCGGCGGACUUACCGGCUCCGGUAAAACCCUGUCCAUGGAGAAUAUUCAGUCUCUGAAUGCUGCCUACGCUACGGGCGGCCCUAUGUACUUCACUGACACAGUUGAAGACCCAGUCGGCAUUGGGAGCCUGGGCAGUGGGUUGAACCCCUCACUGCCCAAAAGCACCAUGACUCUGGGCCGGGCUGGGGCCAGGAUCCCUUAUGGAGUCAGGGCGGCCAUCAUGGGGAGCAGUCCUAAUAUAAACACUGGAGGUGGAGGGGUCAUGCCCAGUGAUGCCAUAGCAUUUGGGGGGGAGAUGCAAAACCAGCCUCCACAGGCGGCUACAGUGCCCCACUCCAUGAGACAGGUGAGAGACGGUGCAAUGUCAGACCUACAGACACAGUUAAGAGAAGUGCUGAGGGAGAACGAACUAUUACGCAGAGAGUUGGAGGCUAAAGAGUCCAAGUUGAGCUCCUCCAUGAACUCCAUUAAGACGUUUUGGAGUCCGGAGCUGAAGAAAGAGAGGGCGCUGAGGAAGGACGAAGUCACGAAGAUGGCCGUGUGGAAGGAGCAGUACCGAGUGGUCCAAGAGGAAACACAGCAUUUUCAGUGCACCAUCCAGGCUUUACAAGAUGAGCUCAGAAUCCAGCGGGAUCUCAACCAGCUCUUGCAGUCCGAUUACUCAGAGUCCGGUCUCCUCGGAAAUCAGUCCAUCUCCCCUCAGGAUAUGACAGAGGAGAACUUCCUGCGUCUCCAUGGCGAGUAUGAGCGACAGGUCAAAGAGCUCUUCCUCCUGAGGAAGACUGUGGAAGAGAUGGAGCUGAGGAUAGAUACACAGAAACACACGCUAACUGCCAGGGAUGAAUCCAUAAAGAAGUUACUGGAAAUGUUGCAGAGUAAAGGCCUGUCGUCCCGGGCAACCGAGGAAGACCAUGAACGCACGAGGCGUCUGGCUGAUGCUGAGAUGACCAUCCACCAACUAGAGGGCCUGCUGGAGCAAAAAGACAAGGAGAUGCUACAACUCAGAGAGGAGCUGCACAGGAGAUACGAAGCAGCUCCAGAAUCAACCAAGACCAAGGCCUUGCAGACAGUCAUUGAAAUGAAGGAUGCGAAGAUCAGCUCGAUGGAGCGCGGCAUUAGAGAGCUGGAGGAGGAGGUGAACAUGCUCAAGUCCAACGGGGCUCUGAGCAGCGAGGAGAGGGAGGAAGAGAUCAAACAGAUGGAGGUCUACAGAUCCCACUCCAAGUUCAUGAAGAACAAGGUUGAGCAGCUAAAGGAAGAGCUAACGCACAGCCAAUCAGAGAAGGAGGAGCUAAGGCAACGAGCCAAUGAGCUUCAGCGGGAGGUGUCUGCAGUGGAACAAGCAAAGCAGGACCUGAGUCGUAAGGAUAGCGAGCUGUUGGCUUUCAGGACCAAACUGGAAACUCUCAACAAUCAGUUUUCUGACAGUAAACAACACGUGGACGUACUCAAGGAGUCACUCACUGCCAAGGAACAGAGAGCCGCCAUACUACAGACUGAGGUGGAUGCUCUUCGUCUGCGUUUAGAGGAAAAGGAAUCUCUCCUCUCUAAAAAGAGUCAACAGAUAUCAGAGUUGACAGAAGAGAAAAGCACUCAGCAUGGAGAGAUCAGCGACCUCAAAGACAUGCUGGACGUCAAGGAACGCAAAGUUAUUGUACUGCAGAAGAAGAUAGAGAAUCUCCAGGAUCAGCUGAGGGAUAAAGAGAAACAGCUGGGCGGCCUGAAAGACAGAGUCAAGUCUUUACAGACAGACACCUCCAACACCGACACCGCACUGGGAACACUGGAGGAGGCUCUGGCUGAAAAGGAGCGAAUCAUCGAGCGGUUGAAGGAGCAGCGGGAGAGGGAGGAAAGAGAAAAGGGGGAGGAGAUGGAGUCCAGCAAGAAGGAGCUGAAGGAGUUGAGGGAGAAAGUCUCCCAGCUGCAGGCUGACCUGGCUGACCGUGAGACUUCUGUGUUGGAUUUGAAGGAGAAAGCUUCCUCUCUGGCUUCCUCCACACUGAAGAAAGAUAACAGGCUGAAGACUCUGGAAAUCAGCCUGGAACAGAAGAGAGAGGAGUGUGUCAAACUAGAGAACCAACUCAAGAAGGCUCAGAGUGCAGCGGCAGAUUCCCAGGCCAGCACUGAACUCUCCGAACGCAUCUCCUGCCUGGAGCAGGAAGUGGGCCAGCACAAAGAGGACGCUGGGAAGGCCCAGUCCGAGGUGGAACGACUCCUGGAGAUCCUGAGGGAGAUGGAGAAUGAAAAGAACGACAAGGAGAAAAAGAUCCACGAGUUGGAGAGAAACCCCUCUGCUUCUCAUCUGUGGCGUUCUCAGCAGUCGCGAAAACAGGCCCCUCCCCCCUCUGCCUCUCAGCAGCCAAUGGGGGGGCUGGUGUGGGACUACCUGGGCACUCUUGCCUCAAGGCAGAUGAAGGACCAGACGAAGAAGGUGGCCAACCUGAAACAUAUGGAGCAGCUGGAGAAGAGCAGGAACGCCCAGCUGAUGGAGGACGCCAAGAAGCGAGAGGACAACCUGAACGAAAGCUCCCAGCAGAUAAAGGACACCCUCCGUGAGAAGGAGGAGCGCAUUGAGGAGCUGGAGGAGGCGCUGAGGGAAAGCGUUCAGAUCACAGCGGAGAGGGAGGUGGUGCUCGCCCAGGAGGAGCAGGCACGCACACACUCCGAGAAACAGGUGGAGGACCUGCUGGUUGCCAUGGAGAAGGUGAAACAGGAACUGGAGGUGAUGAAAGCCAAGCUGUCAUCAACUCAACUCUCACUGGCCGAGAAGGAAGGUCACCUCACCGCCCUGCGGGCUGAGAGGCGGAAGCACCUGGAGGAGGUCCUGGAGAUGAAGCAAGAGGCGCUGCUAGCAGCCAUAAGCGAGAAAGACGCCAACAUCGCCCUGCUUGAGCUCUCCUCAUCCAAGAAGAAGAAAACUCAGGAGGAGGUGGCAGGUCUGAAGAGGGAGAAGGAUAGUCUGGUUCAUCAGCUCAAACAGCAGACUCAAAACCGGAUGAAACUGAUGGCGGACAACUAUGAGGACGACCACCUGAAGGUCUCCUCUCCAAACUCAGAGCAGCCCAACAAUCACAAGCCCUCCCCAGACCAGAUUCUCUCUCCUCUCCUGGACCUCAAUCAGAAUCGCAGCAAACUGAAGCUGUACAUCAGUCACCUGACCUCGCUGUGUCAGGAGCGAGACCCAAUCAUAUUGCAGGACUUCGCCCCGCCCCCCGCCUAUCACCGCUCUGACUCCGCCUCCUGGCAUGCGCAGCUGCACAGCAUGACGCAGGAACAGUUGGAGGCGGAGUUAGCGCUGUGUGAGAGUGAGGGGGCGGAGCUCCAGGAGUACGCCAAUCAGGUCCUGCAGCAGAUCGCCGACCGAUGCCCCGACAUUUUGGAACAAGUCGUCAACGCUCUGGAGGACAGCUGCUGACACAUUAACGCACACACACUGAGAGAAACAUAAAGCUGACGCACAUUCAUGAAUUAGCACACAGAGUCGGAAAGCAAGCAAACAUUCAACACUGAGUCACAUACACAGGAACAGAAGUCUCCAGAAAGCCCCCUGACACUCAAAUAAAAUCACAGUGUUGGACAUGAGGAUGAAGACUUUCUCUUCCACCGUCACUCAUCUCAUUUUUACAGACCGAAAAGGGGAAAACAAAAAAAGGGGAUCUACAAAAAAAAUUACUGAAAAAUAUUCUUCCACUGUGUCUUUAGUCACUAUCAUUUGUGCCAGCUGAGGGAAAUAUUGUUAAUUUUUCAGUUCAAAGUGCUUCGUUGGCAUGCAAAUUAAUUGGAAAUAGUUGAUGUUUGUUGAGACGUUAAACACAUAUUUUCCUAACUACUCCGAAACAGAAGGAGCCUUCAUUGCACUUGCCAUCUGUGACACUUCGCAGCGGCCAUCUUGUGUCCUUCCAGGCAAUCAGCAGUUGGAUUUGCAAUCAUGACUUGAUGUAUUUUAUAGAGGGAAAAAGAUUUUCAAACUGUAUAAAAAGGGUGAGAGUGGGCUGAGGUUGCCAGGUUGUUUCUGAUGCCAGACUUACACGCUGUUACCACAUUGUGAUUUGAUUGGUUCAGAUACAAAAGUGUGUUUAUUUCAGCUGCCUUUGAUUCUUUACGUCAUUUGCUGCUAUCUUUUAAACUUUAAGUUACUAUUUUUUCUUCCAAUUCUUUUUUUUUUUUCUCUUUUUGUCUGAUAUGUGAUGAAACGUCCCAACUUGCAGUGUCUUUCAACAGUUAUCUCUGAGUAGUUGUGUAAAUUGUAUAGAGAGAAUUUUAAUUAUCAGAAACACAGCUUUCAUCAGGGGAACACUUUCAUCCAUUUUUUUCAAUGAUUGAUGAAAGGCAAAAACUAUAAUAAAUCUCGCAAUACUCCCUUUAUUAAAAAACACCAGUGUGGAUGUUUCAGUUAUGGUGUCCAUGCUGAAACCAGUUCCCUCACUUGCCCUUUUGUGACAAUCCCUUUAGAGUUAACAUGUUUCCCUUACUGAAACAUCUUUUGUUUGUUUGUUUUUUCCUUGGGAGGGAGGGACUAUAAAAUAAUUGCUCUAUAUUUUUUUGCUAUUGGUAAUAUAUAUAAAAAGACUAAUCUUGUUUCAUUGAAAAUAUUGUCGUGUAUGGGUUGUAAUGUUACAUAAUGUGUCAAAAUCUUUUUUUUUUGUGAUUUGCAAGUAACCACAGAUUUGUUCCACAAGCAGGAGACUGUUAUUGGGAACGUAUAUUGCACCUACAUGAGGUUCUGUGUCCACUGGGAACAUUUUCUACAAAUCAAUUCCUUGUCCUUGUUGUUUACAGUGGAAAUGACACAUGACGCAUGUUUCCCCACAGCGCUGGCAGCCAUAGCAUGAUUUUUACGCUUACAACACUGAGCACUAGAGGUUCAAAUUGUUGCAACUACAAUCAAAAGCUCCUUUAAUGGGUUUCUUUUUUUCGGUCUUGUACUGUAGUGAGUGCUGAAGCCAUGACUGGCGUUGCCCACAUGAGACUGUUUAGCGCUGCUCCCUGUAAAGAAAUACCUGGUGGACACAAAGCCUAAAUAUGGGGAUUUACACUGAACACUCACAUCUUAUUUUACACCAUCAUAAGGCUUUCUCAACAGGCCCAAAAAAAAAAGGUUUAACUUUCAGUCCCUAAGCUGUGUAUUAAAAAAAGCUCCAAGCCAUUUGGGUGUAAAUGAGGAGUUUCAUUCCAAAACAUUACCGGUUUGAAAUUGUUGAAAUUGCUCAGAAGCUUUAAUGAUGAGGAAGAGUUUGUUUAACAUUUGUCAAAUGGUUCUUAUUUUGGAAUGAAACUCCGUCCGAUAUGAGCUUGGGUUGUAAAUCCAGUAUUUUGUUGUCUGUUUUUUACUGAUAAUGUUUGUCAUUGGGAAUGGUGAUGACUGGGACUCACCAUGACUUUUGCUGUGGACUGAAAAAUCGGAAUGAGAGAAUGGAAUAAAAUAUGGAUUUAUCUUUA